AUGGAAGGUUUUGAAGCAAUCUUGUCCCCAUCUAAAGCGCGACAGGCAGCUUCGCAGGCCAAAGAUUGGGCGUAUGUUACAAACUGGCUGAACCGUAAAUAUUCCCCCAACCGUGUACCGAAUUUUGAGCGCAACGACGACACUCUAAAGGCCCUACUAAAUAUCGCCGCCGCCAAUGACACCGCAGACGAAGAGGAAGCACUUAUACAUCGCGCCAGAGAGGAAACCAUUGGCCUCUUGAAAGCCACUGAGGCAGAGCGAUCUCCGGAUCCCACUCUUGCACUUCUUGAGGAUAUCGAGGAUGAGCUUGAUGAUAAAAGCAACAAACUUCUUCAGGAUAUGGCUGAAACGGCGGUGCUGCUAGGUAUCCCUACGGGGGAUUUGGCGAACCUCGAUCGAAGCAUUUUGAAUUUGACGAGAGAAGAGUUCAACGCCACAGAGCAGCUCCAGAAGCUGGAAACAUUGCAGCUUUAUUUAAAGAGGGAAAUUGCCACGCUCCAUGAGCAACUAGAAGAACUCAAAGAUGACCGCAAAUACGAGACGCCGCCAGAUUUACCCGCGAAGACUAGCGAAUGGGUCAGGAAUAAGAAGACGGUAGACGCGAAAGCCAAAGAAUACCAGAGCAGGAUCAUGGCUUGGGCAAAACUCCCUGAAAUUGGGAAGCCCAGGAUUGAAGAUUUAAUGAUUGAAGAAGAAGGCGUGGUUCGGAUUAGAGAAAAGGUGAAGAGCCUUGAAAACACAGUCAGCACAUUCCAUGGGUUACCCUCCAACAUCGUCGAUGCAAAAUCAGAAUAUCAAAAGCUCGAGAAUGAGCUCCAUGCGCUUAUUCGGCAACGCGAUCAAUUGUUUGAAGGGUUGGUAGGCAGGAGCAAUCGUUGA